AUGGGGGAGGGGCGGGGCAACUCCGGCCACGUGGUGACCACAACCCCCGAGGGUGGGGGAGGGGUCUCUCACUCCACCCACACUCUUUCCCACGGUGACCCCGCCCCCCGGGCCUCCCCUCCCGCCCCAGGUUCCCCCGUCCGAGCGUCCGACCCUCGCCGGGACCCUCCGAUGUCGCCGCCGUGGCCGCCGCCGUCCCCGCUGCCGGACACGCCGUUCCCGGGCCGGGCCGUGGCCGCGGUGGCCGCGGUGGCCGAGGCGCUGCUGGCCCCGGGCUCGUGGGCCGUGGACCGGCUGCUGGCGCUGCGUCCCACCACGGCGCAGCGGGCGCGCUGGCACCGGCACCGCGGUGCCGCCAUCGCCAUUCGGGUUCUGGCGGCGCCGGUGCUGGUUUUGGUGCUGGUUUUGGUGCUGCCGCCGGCGCUGCUUGGCUUGCUGCUGUGGCUACCGGCGCAGGCCAAGCGCCGGCCCUUCGUCCUCCAGCUCGAGGCCGCGGUGGCCGCGCCGGAGCCGUGGGACCCGCGGCGGUGCCGGCGCAGUUUCACCUUCCUGAGCGCCAACGUGUGCCUGCUGCCCAGCGGGCUGGCCCGGUUCAGCAACCUGGGCCGCAGCCGGUGCCGGGCCCGCGCCAUCGGGCGGCUGCUGGCAGCCAAAGCGGCGCCGGAACCUGCCGGACACCGGGAGGGGCUGUUGGCGACGCGGAGGGGGCCGGGGGGAGGGUACGGCGGCACCGAGGAUAGGGCGGGGCCGGGAGGGGAUUGGGGGAUGGGCGUGGCCGGGGUGGAUAUGGAGAUGGUGGCCAAGGCAACGGUGCCAACGCCGAUGACCAACCCAACGCCGAUGGCCAACCCAACACCGAUGACCAACCCAACACCGAUGACCAACACAACACCAAUGACCAACCCAACGCCGAUGACCACCCCGCCCCCGGGCCCAGCCCCACCGCCGGUGACCAACCCCCGGCCGGACCGUCUGCUGCCGCUGCCGGACCCGAUGCCGCCGGUGCUGAGCGCCCGCAUCCCGCCGGACACCGACUUCGUGUGCCUGCAGGAAGUGUUCGACGGCGCGGCGGCCACCGCGCUGCGCCGGCAGCUGGCCCGGCGCUUCCGGCACGUGCUGUGGGGGGUGGGGCCGGCGGGGCUGCGCUGCGGCCGCCUGCGGGUGCUGGGCAGUGGCCUGGUGCUGGCCAGCCGCUACCCCCUGCUGGCCGCGCGCUUCCACCCCUUCCCCAGCGGCGCCCGCGAGGACGCGCUGGCCAACAAGGGGCUGCUGGUGGCGCAGGUGCUGUUGGGGACAGGGCGGGGCCAGCGCGUCGUGGGGUACCUGAGCUGCACCCACCUGCAGGCACCUGCACCGGACGCCGCCAUCCGUGACGAUCAGCUGACCCGGGUGCUCGAGUGGCUCCACGAUUUCCGGCAGGACCAGCAGCAGGCCGGGGACCUGGUGGCCUUCAGCGUCCUGUGCGGGGACCUCAACUUCGACAACUGCUCCCGGGGUGACGCCCAGAACCAGCGCCACCCCCUGUUCGACAAGUUCUGGGACCCCGCGAGGAUCCAGGCGGGACAGGACCAGCCCUGGGCCAUCGGGACGCUGCUCGACUGCCUCAAGAUCUACGAGGAGCCCGUGUCCACCCCGGAGAAGAUGGAGAGGACGCUGUCCCAGCCCUGGGGCCGCCAGCAGUUCCUGGCCGCUCCCAUCCUGCCCUGCGGCGCUCCGGACCCGCUGGCCCCGCGGCCGUGGAAUGGCCGGAGAGUGGACACGGCCCUGGUGCAGACGGAGCCCAAGCCUGAGCUGACCACUGAGGUGACCCGGCUGUCGGUCAUCACCCAGCUGGCCACUCUGUCUGACCACCUGCCCGUGGCCUUGCGCCUGCGCCUGGGGCCUGCUGACCUCUGACCUCUGACCCCGCUCUGGACAUCAGGCUGGACACGGCUUGGACAUGGACACGGCUCCGGCCACGCUCUGGACAUGGUGCUGGACACAGGGCUGGUCACAGCCAUGGCUCUGGCCACAGCGCUGGACACGGCACUGGCCAUGGCUCCGGACACAGCUCUGGCCACAGUUUGGCCACAGCUCUGGACACGGCACUGGACACGGCACUGGACACAGCACUGACCACAGCUCUGGACAUGGGGCUGGACACAGCAGGGCCACAACCAUGGCUCCGGCCACAGCGCUGGACACAGCGCUGGACACGGCACUGGACACUGGGCUGGUCAGGGGGCUGGACACGGCACUGGACACGGCACUGGACACGGCACUGGACACUGGGCUGGUCAUGGGGCUGGACACAGCUCAGAUGUGGGCGUGGCCAUGACUCCAGCCACAGUGCUGGACACGGGGCUGGACACGGGGCUGGACACGGGGCUGGACACAGCACUGACACCAGCACUGACCACAGUGUGACCACAGUGUGACCACAGUGUGACCACAGCAAUGACCACAGUGUGACCACAGUGUGACCACAGCAAUGACCAUGGCUCCAGCCACGGCUCCGGUCACAGCGCUGGACACAGCACUGACCACAGUGUGACCACAGCACUGACACCAGCACUGACCCCAGCACUGGCCACAGUGUGACCACAGCACUGACCACAGUGUGACCACAGCACUGACCACAGCAGUGACCACAGUGUGACCACAGCAAUGACCACAGUGUGACCACAGUGUGACCACAAUGUGACCCAGCAAUGACCACAGUGUGACCACAGUGUGACCACAAUGUGACCACAGCACUGACCACAGUGUGACCACAGCAAUGACCACAGUGUGACCACAGCAAUGACCACAAUGUGACCACAGUGUGACCACAGCACUGACCACAGUGUGACCACAGCAUGACCACAGUGUGACCACAGUGUGACCACAGUGUGACCACAGCAAUGACCACAGUGUGACCACAGCAAUGACCACAGUGUGACCACAGUGUGACCACAGUGUGACCACAGCAAUGACCACAGUGUGACCCCAGCACUGACCACAGUGUGACCACAGUGUGACCACGGCUCCGGCCACGGCUCCGGCCACGGCUCCGGCCGCAGCGCUGGACACAGCAGCCCAGGGGGUCACUGCACCGGGGGGGGAUGGGGGCCACAAUCAAUGAUCAUUGAUCAGUAUUGAUCCGGUAUUGGAACAGGAUCAGUCUGGUAUUGAUCUGACAUUGAUCAGGUAUUGAUCCAGAAUUGAUCCAGCAUUGAUCCGGUAUUGGGGCAGGAUCAGUUUGAUAUUGAUCUGCCAUUGAUCCAGUAUUGAUUCUGUAUUGGGACACAAUCAAUGAUCAUUGAUCCAGUAUUGGGAGAGGAUCAGCCCAGUAUUGGUCCAGCAUUGAUCAGGUAUUGAUCUGAUAUUGUUCCAGUAUUGGGACAGGAUCAGUGUGAUAUUGAUUUGCCAUUGAUCCGGUAUUGAUCAGGUAUUAGGAUCUGUCACAGAAUGGAUCCAGAAUUGAUCUGAUAUUGAUCAUGUAUUGGGGCAGGAUCAGCCCAGCAUUGAUCUGAUAUUGAUCCGGCAUCAUUCCAGCACAGUUUGGGCAUUAAUCCAGCAUCGAUCAGUAUUGAUCAGUAUUGAUCAGUAUUGAUCCAGCGUUCAUCAGUAUUGAUCCAGCAUUGAUCAGUAUUGAUCAGUAUUGAUCCAGCGUUCAUCAGUAUUGAUCCAGCAUUCAUCAGUAUUGAUCAGUAUUGAUCUGGCAUUGAUCAGCAUUGAUCCGGCAUUGAUCAGUAUUGAUCAGUAUUGAUCAGUAUUGAUCCGGCAUCAGCCGCGCUUUGCGCUUCUUCUGCUGUCGGGGUGAAUGUCAUGACGGAAUUUGGGAAUUCACGACGGAAUUUGGGAACUCACGGUGGAAUUUGGGAAUUCACGACGGAAUUUGGGAAUUCACGACGGAAUUUGGGAAUUCACGACGGAAUUUGGGAAUUCACGGUGGAAUUUGGGAAUUCACGACGGAAUUUGGGAAUUCACGACGGAAUUUGGGAAUUCAUGAUGGAAUUUGGGAAUUCACGGUGGAAUUUGGGAAUUCACGACGGAAUUUGGGAAUUCACGACAGAAUUUGGGAAUUCACGACGGAAUUUGGGAAUUCACGGUGGAAUUUGGGAACUCACGGUGGAAUUUGGGAAUUCAUGACGGAAUUUGGGAAUUCACGGUGGAAUUUGGGAAUUCACGGUGGAAUUUGGGAAUUCAUGACGGAAUUUGGGAAUUCACGACGGAAUUUGGGAAUUCACGGUGGGAUUUCGGAAAUCUCUGCUGUGGGUUGAGUUUGGGACUCGAUCCCUGUGAGCCGGGAAUGGGAAUAAUGGGAAUAAUGGGAAUGGGAAUAACAGGGAUCAGGAGAUGAUCUGGUAUUGACCCAGUAUUGAUCCGACAUUGAUCCAGUAUUGAUCCGGUAUUGGUUCAGUAUCAAUCCAGUACUGAUCCAUCACCAAUCCAGCAUUGACCCGGUAUUGAUUCAGCAUUGAUAUCGUAUUGAUCCAGCAUUGAUCCAGUAUUGAUCCAGCACUGACCUGUUAUUGAUUCAGCAUCCAUCUGUUAUUGAUCCAGAAUUGAUCUGGUAUUGGUCCAGUAUUGAUCCAUUGUUGAUCCAGCAUUAAUCCAGCAUUGAUCUGUUAUUGAUACAGCAUUGAUCUGGCAUUGAUCCGGCAUUGACUCAGUAUUGAUCCGACAUUUCCUGAGGAUUGAUCCAGCACUGAACUGCUAUUGAUCCAGUAUUGAUCUGCUAUUGAUCCAGUAUUGAUCCAUUGUUGAUCCAGCAUUGAUCCAGCAUUGUUCUGUUGUUGAUCCAGCAUUGAUCUGGUAUUGAUUUGGUAUUGAUCCAGCAUUGACCUGGAAUUGAUCCAUUGUCACUCUGGCAUUAAUCCAGCGCUGAUCUGGUGUUGAUCUGUUAUUGAUCCAGUAUUGGUCUGGCAUUAAUCUAGCACUGAUCUAGCAUUGAUCUGGCAUUGAUUUGGUAUUGAUCCAGCACUGAUCUGCUAUUGAUCCAGCACUGAUCUAGCAUUGAUCCAGCAUUGAUCUGCCCUCCAUCCAGCACCGACCCAGCCUCCCUCCUGUGGGGCUGGCACAUCCCCCACGGCACACGGGGGUUCCCCCUCCCCCCCAUUCCCAGAGUUUGGGGGUCACUGGCUCGGUGACCUCCCCCAGAUCUGUGGGGCAGAGCCCUGGGGGGCUCCGUGGGGCUGGAGGGAGUCACUGGGGGGAUCCCUGGGGGUCUCCAUCCUCCCCCAAAGACACCAGGCAGGAGUUGGGGGGC